UGCCAAUCAGCAGCUGGGAAAGGGGGGCUCAUCAGAGAGUGCAGUUGGCACGCCCAGGCUGUACCGGCAAAGCGACUAGGCAGGCAACAAGUAGCGGUCCGGCGGUACCGAGGGGGAAGCCUGCUUCGCCACCGACUUUGAGGCCGGGGCAGAGGGGGGGUCUCCUUGCCGGGCCAAAAAGGCGCCUUCGCGUUUCGCUUCUUCACUUGCCCAAGUUGGACUUGGGGACCCUUCUCUACGCCUGGCAGCCACCAGAGAGCAUGUCGCUGGCUUCUUGGUUCAGGUGGAAUGAGCCCCCAAGACGAAUUUCCGAGAGGAGCCCCACAGAAAUGGUGAUAGAAACCCUUAUGAUGGAGCUGGGGUGGCAAAUUAAGGAAGCUGAGAAACAGCAGCGGGACAGAGAGAAUGAGUACCGCAAGAUAAAGACAGGUGUGGACUAUAGCUGGCUGAUUAGUUACCAGAAACACAACUAUGAUAUCAGUCCAGGGGAGCGUCUGCAACUGGAGGACUUGUGUUCCAAAAUCCACCCCUCCUACUGUGGUCCUGUUGUUAUCAGAUUCCGGCAACUCAUUACUGAAUAUGAACCAGAAGCACCGGAAGUAUCUCGGCUGUUCCGUUCUGCUUUGCAUGAUGUUCUUGAGAAGAUGAAAGAGGAAGAAGAGGCGAAGAAGCUCGCUCGGCAGUGGAACACAAAACACAGAACCAGCCUUUCUCUCACAACUUUCAAAUCCCGUUCCAGGAUUUCUCCAUUCAGCAGUGACAUCAAGACCAUUUCAGAAGAUGUUGAGAGAGGCACUGAUCCAACCAGGAGAGUAUGGAGCAUGCCAGAGUUCAGGAGCACCAGGGAUUACUGACUUCAUUUACUUUAUAACAAUAAGAUUUUAGAGACAGACCUUUUUAUUUAUUUAUUACCCAACUGUGUGUGUCAUUUUUGUCUUCAUUUUUGUCCAUUUGACCCUUUUUGCCCUUUUCUGUGGAACACUUUUGGGGGCUUCUUUUAAUCCAUGCAUCUGGAGUUUUGUUGUGCUAUCAGUGAAUAUAUGCAUGGUGAAUCAUUCAUAUGGAUUGGCCUCACAACUUCAGAUUGACAGCUUUGUGUGCUAUGGUGUGGGUAAAAAAUUCCAUACAACUUGGCAUAGUGGUUCUGUUUCCCAAAAACUGGAAAAAAAAGUCCAGACAAGUGAUUGUGAGAAUCAGCCCCAUGUGUCUGUUUAUCCUUUCUAUGAAUGCUUCCCUCUCUUGUUGUUCCAUAGUAACUGGAGCUAAUGCACAUUUAUAGACCACUCAUCACAGCUGUCCCUGCCAGAAACUAAUUAGCAUAUUUAGAGGCCCACAAAAAGAGUUGUGAAGUGGGGACCCAGUAGAGAAAUCUUCUAGUAAAUCCCCUUACAGUGAGUAAACAGGCAAUGUGUACCACUUUCCAAACAGUGCCAGUCUAUAUCUUCUGCUGAAAUAUCAUCAAUAUCACUAUUGUGGAGGGACUAUCCCACUAUUAUGGAGGGACUAUCCCACACAUUCCAGCCACUGGUUGUCCUCUAUAAAAUUCCCUUUCUGGACAGCACAAACAAGAGAGACAUGCUUACUCAGUCCCUGUGGAGUAGGAAGUGUAAAAAUGAAUCUCAUUGGUUAUUAGGAACAGUGAUUGACUACAAUGGCUAGUCAAAAUGUGUGUACCUCUCAGCAUACCAUUUGUCAGUUAAAUUCUAUUUCUAAUUUAUUUGUUUUAGGUGAUUCUUCCCUUUUUGAAGCCAAAGGGCCCUCUCUGCCUUGUUUCGUGAGAGGGAGGAGCAAUGUACCUCUUCUGUGGUAUAAUUCUAAGGCAGCUGUAUUUACAUCCACUGCUUUGAUAUCAAUGGGAACUUCCUGGUGCAUUGUGCUUUUCUUCUUUUCUAGAAGAAAUUUGUUCUGAACAACAAUGAUAUGCAUGGAAGUUGUCCAGUUUUGUGUAUUCCGUAUUAAACAAAAUGCAACUGUAGAAUGGAUUUCUGAACAUGACCUCAUUUUAAUCCAGUUUGGCUUGCUGAAAAGAAAAACUUAAGUAAAGCCAGGACUAAAUAAGGUAUCAGCAGAGGCUUUUCAUUGCCUACAUUUGCACACAUAGGGUAUGAUCUAGGCCAAAGUAAAGUGCCAUUGAUAGCAAUAGACGAGAUGUUGUAAGUUGUGUUUAAGUCUCUGCUGAAAUCAGUGGUACUUUAAAGGACAUAACUGUAGCUGAAUCUGUCCCAUUCUGCCACUUGCACAGAACAUUAGGAGCAUAUUUGUGAUCAGAAAUGGUUUAUGCAGCCAAGCUUGGGCAUCAGCCCUUGUUGACAUUUGAGAGUUCUGAUCUCUAAGAUCUGCAGGUAACCCCUGAAGGUGACUAGGGCACCCUGAGUUGAAGUGCUUUAAGUAAUAAAUAAUAAUGUGUACUGUCAAGUCUCAACCAACUCAUUGCAAUCUCAGGAUCAGAGUUUUCAAGGGAAGAGAUGAGCAGAGGUUACAUGCCAUAUCUACCCCAGGCUUCCUUGGUGGUCUCCCAUCCAAGAACUAACCAUGGUUGACCCUGUUUAGCUGCCAAGCUCUGAUGAGAGAGGGGACAGUCUGGGCUAUUAGACUGCUGCUAAAAUUUCUCCUGGAAUGAUUUUACUAGGUUUAGCUUUUAACUCUACAAGUAAAGCAAGGCAGUGUGGAUGCACUGAUUUUUUUUUAAAACCCAAUCUUGACAGAUGAAUGGUUUUCUAUAAAAAUACCAGCAAACUGCAUUAAUAAAAACAAACCUCAGGGCUUCCAUGUGUUACAUCCCACUUGACACAGACUAUUUAAACUCAGGUUCAGAGAAAAAGAUCAAAACAUUGACAAUCAUACAGUUGCUAUGCCAUUUUCUAUGCCUCUGAAUAUUUAUUGAGGGCAUUUGUAUACAGCUUUUUCUAAGCCCAGUGUUUUACAUAAAGACAGACUUGUGCAGCUGAAAUUAGGAGCUGAAGGUGGCUUCUUGGUUUAGGGAUCUCCUCUCUUACCUUUCCCCCUCAGGGCACAGAAGUGGACAUUGAGAAGGCCUGAGAGGGGCUGCCUCAGCUGAAUCUCUCAGGCUGUUAAUGGCCUGUCCUUGAUAGGGCACUUUUUAAAAGGUGAUGUUCUUGGGGUAGAACUGGCUUCUCUGUUGUCUUGCGUUUGUGUGUCCCCUGUGGUGUUUAGAAGUUAUCAUAAAAGAAACCCACAAGCAUGAAAAGCCAUUUUCUAGCAAGUCACAUGACCAACUUUUGUACCUCUAUGUGAAGUGUAGAACUGGCUUCUCUGUUGUCUUGCGUUUGUGUGUCCCCUGUUUGUGUGUCCCCUGUGGUGUUUAGAAGUUAUCAUAAAAGAAACCCACAAGCAUGAAAAGCCAUUUUCUAGCAAGUCACAUAACCAACUUUUGUACCUCUAUGUGAAGUGUAUUGUAUUAAAUUCUGAAAUACAUUAUUUAAUUUUG